GCGCAUGCGCAGCAGCAACAGCCAGGCCGGUAGUGACGUCACCGGCGCCAUAUUAAAGAUUUGCUGCUGUUUUCUCCGUGUCGCUGUUGCCAUCUUUCUGUUUCCAGCUGGACUCAGAGAGACCAGAGAGUAGCAAACAUACCACCACAAUGGAAAUCGACACACUUAUGGGAGCAUUUAGAGAUUUCGAGAAGAAAGGAGAAAAGGAAACCUGCCCCAUUUUGGAUCAGUUUCUAUCGCAUGUUGCAAAAACAGGAGAGACCAUGAUUCAGUGGUCUCAGAUUAAAGGUUACUUCCUCUUCAAACUGGAGAAAGUGAUGGAUGAUUUUAAGGACUCAUGUCCAGAGCAACGGGGACCUGCCAAUCCAAACGUUGAGUACAUUCCCUUUGAGGAGAUGAAGCAGAGGAUUCUUAAAAUCGUCAAUGGAUACAACGGGAUUCCUUUCACUAUUCAGCGUCUUUGUGAGCUUCUUACUGAGCCAAAAAGAAACUACGCAGGAACAGACAAGUUCCUCAGGGGUGUGGAGAAGAAUGUGAUGGUGGUCAGUUGUGUGUAUCCUACCUCAGAGAAAAAAGGGUCAGGUUGUGUGAACAGAAUGAAUGGUGUCAUGUUCCCUGGUAACACUUCAGCGUUUCCAGAUAGAAAUGUGAACGGUCCAGGAACACACAGGCCACUGAACAGACCAAAACUCUCCCUGUCCAGCAGUGUAGCUACCAACGGCCUUCCUGACAGCACAGAAAGCAAAGAACAAGCAUCAGAGCAAUCAGACAGAACAGUCAAUAAGCCUUCAGCGUCAGAAGCAGAAGGUUCACACGGUGGUCCAGUGAAGUGUAAACAUCAUGAAGAUGACAAUGCUACAAACACUGAGACUCGUGAAGCAAAGAGACUCAAGUUCGAAGAGGAGGAAGAUGACAAUGAGGAAGGAAUGGAGAAAGAGCUGGAUGAAAAGCAGUCGCCCUGCACAUCGGUAGCAGAGAGCUCAUCGGAUGUACCGCAGUCCUCAACAGACACAGUCACUGCGGAGGUGAAGGAUACUAAACCUGACAAAUUCGUCACUGAAGACCAAGAACCCUCGAGUACACAGUCAGAGGUCGUAGAAAACAGGGUUGACAAAUCCACUUCAGACGAUUCACCCGACCCUUCCCACAAUCAGGCGACCGGCAGCGAAUCAGAUCUACCAGAACAGUGGUCGGAGAGGGAAGAGAGCGCCAAGGCUCAGGAAACGGACGAGAGAAAUGACCCAGUCAGCAGUAGCAGCUGCAGCAGCAAUAACAGCAGUGACGAGGGAGUGUCCAGUGCAGAGACUCCAUCUGCAUGUUCCAGCAGUUCCACAGAGCUGACGGCAGAGGGCAGUACCACUGCAGAAAUCAGUUCAGACAGCUCAGAGACUGCAGAUGACACCAUGGAGCAAGACUGAAGUUUGGCCGUACAUUAUUGAUUUUUACACUCUACUGUACAAAACCCCAAAAAUCACUUAUCCUGCGAGUUUAGCAGAUCCUUUAUAGACCAGGAGAGGAUGGCAUUCUGAUGACCUCUUGUGACACAUCUACUCCUUAUGACACUUAUUCGGGCAUCUUCUCUUAAUAUGGGCUCUUCUCUGAAGAACAACUAAAAAAACUGGAAGCUCAUCUUUCUGGUGGUUGAGCGGAGCGUUCGCCAUUGAGUAACUCGAAUGCCUUGUGUCCAUGGCGGUUUUCUGUAAUCCUGUUCUAAUCAUGGGCAUCCAUCAACUCCACAUCAACACAUUCUAAAGCUGUCGGGUAAAACACCUUUCAUCUCUCUCCUGCUCUACUAAGAGUGAAAACGUGGCAAAUCUUUGGUUUGUGUGAAUGUGUGCAUAUGUUUGUAGGGGUGAGGGGUGUGUGUGCACUUCCUUUAGUUUAGUCAACGGAUGAUCUCAGGGUUCCCGUUGGCCGGCAGACCAGUGUCUAAACAUUCCAGGAGAACACCCCUUUCCCCUUA